CAUCAAUGAUCGAAGUCGAACAUUGUUUCGGCAAAUAGUGUUCUGAAUUAUUUAUUUAUCUGAAGUGAUUUCUUGAAUUUGAGUGACUAGAUAAGUUAUAUUUUACAAAAUGAGUGAAGUGCGACAUCGCCGUGGGGAUGGCGACGGAAACGAAAAAGUGGAGACGGCAGGAGAAUCUGACCAUGUUGACUCGGAGGAAGAAAAGGUUUUAGAGGAGAAAUAUGUGGAUGAAAUGGCGAAGAAUUUACCACAAGGAACCGAUAAAACACCUGAAAUUCUAGACUCUGCGCUCUCGGGUCUAUCUACGCGAUGGAGAAACUGGGUAAUUCGAGGCAUUUUUACUUGGUUGAUGAUUGGUGGGUUUUGUCUACUUAUCUAUGGGGGUCCUCUGGCUUUGAUGAUAACGGUACUCUGCGUGCAAGUGAAAUGCUUUGAAGAAAUAAUCAAUAUUGGUUAUGCUGUGUAUCGAGUGCACGGCCUGCCGUGGUUCCGUUCCCUCUCCUGGUACUUCCUGCUGACGUCUAACUACUUCUUCUAUGGCGAGAACCUGAUCGACUACUUUGGUGUUGUUAUUAAUAGAACUGAUUACCUCCGUUUUCUGGUCACCUACCAUCGCUUUAUCUCCUUCAGCUUGUACUGUGUUGGCUUCGUAUGGUUCGUUCUGUCGCUUGUGAAGCGAUACUAUAUGAGACAAUUCUCUCUUUUCGCCUGGACUCAUGUUGCGUUGCUGAUCGUCGUGACUCAAAGCUACCUCAUCAUACAGAAUAUAUUCGAAGGUCUCAUCUGGUUCAUAGUGCCAGUGUCUAUGAUUAUUUGCAAUGACGUCAUGGCGUACAUAUUCGGCUUCUUCUUCGGCAAGACGCCAUUGAUCAAGCUCAGCCCUAAGAAGACCUGGGAGGGUUUCAUUGGUGGUGGUUUCUCCACUGUUCUUUUUGGACUUGUGCUAGCCUACCUGAUGUCCCAAUACCCGUAUUUAGUGUGUCCCAUCGAAUACUCGGAAUCUCUAGGCCGCAUGACGAUGGACUGCGAACCGUCGACGUUGUUCCGGUUGCAGGAAUACACGCCGCCCCAGUUUCUGUUGCCGCUGGUUAAGAUUAUGGGCCGUGAAAAGAUAACCAUGUACCCGUUCAUGAUCCACUCGCUGGCUCUCAGCAUCUUCUCAUCAGUGAUUGGACCCUUCGGAGGAUUCUUUGCGUCUGGCUUCAAACGGGCUUUCAAGAUCAAGGACUUUGGCGAUGUGAUUCCCGGUCACGGAGGUAUCAUGGACCGUUUCGACUGUCAGUUCUUAAUGGCCACGUUUGUGAACGUCUAUAUAACGUCUUUCAUUCGUACCGCUACACCGCAGAAAUUGCUGCAACAGGUCUACAACAUGAAACCGGAACAGCAGUUGCAACUAUUCUACGCGCUAAAGGAGUCGCUCGAGAACCGGAACAUUCUGAAUGUGAUCCCAUAAGUAAUAAUCAUUUUGUGGGAUAUGAGAGAGUAGUUUCACAUUUGGAUAUUGAUUAACCGACUUCAAAAAAAAAGAGUGUGCGUACUUAUGUACACGCGUUAGAAGCUAUACUUCUUUGGCGUAUGGAAAAAAAUACUAGAAUAUACAACUUGAACAUAGUUAUCAAUUUUCAUACCACCUAGAACUAACUUCAUGCUGUUAAAUUUAGGUGUCGGUGUGCGCGCGCAUCGUAAAAAUUCACUCUCAUCAUGUUUCUCCAUCGCGCCAAAAGAAGUAUAACUUCAAAAAGCAGGAGGAAUUCGGCUAUAUUGUUUUGGGUUUAUCAUUUUGGAGAUUUCGACUGGUCGAACCGAUUUUGAGUCAUUUUUAGUGUGAAUAUUUAUUUAAUAUUUUGGUUAGUUCAAUUCGUGGGCAAGAUAGAAUGUGUGAAGAAAAUUAUGGUAUACUACCAGUAGAGAAGAGAAGUGAAUAUAUAGGAAAUCGAUAAGAAUUAAGGUAUUGUUUAUUUGUGCCGUAAAGAAAAAUUUACUGAAAAAGUAUUUUUUUUUUAAUAAUGGGCGUAAUAUUUUCCCGUCAUCUUCUAUUGGAAAGGUUUUUUUACCUAACUGUUAAACUUUAGUUAUAAUAAUUAUUUUUAAAAUGCUCAGUAAUUAAAUCGAAUAAAUAUUAAUUAUAAUACAAACGGUUAUGUGAAACUACUCUCGAGUUGAUUAUCUACUACUGUUUAUAAAAACAGCAAAUUUUUGAUCUAGUCCCCUAUUGUGCAAUCGUUUACUAUCUAUAGGCACAAUAAAUACUUCAUAUUUAGAAAAAAGAGCGUGUGUGCCGAGCACACGUGUCAGAAGUGAAACUUCUUUGGCAAGAUUCAAAAUUACCAAAAUCGUUGACACCGUGACGUGACGGUAUUGCCAUGACGCGACCUUGAAAUUUUACUACUAACGCGCCUAAGGAAGUUUCACUUCAAAAACAGAUUUUUAAUAUAAUAACGGUAAACGAAACACAAUUCACGUGUAUAGAUUUUACCUCCAUUUUGAUCUAUACGUCUUAGUAUUGCUAUAAUAGAAAAUAAAAAUACCAUAGAUUAAAGAUGCUUGCUUGUUCGUAAUUGUAUUUGUUAUCUGUGGAAUAGUUUUAGUCUAUGUUUAGUUAUGGGUGUCCUAGUGGUUGUUAGGAAAUUUUCUCGAACUAUAUUUUAUUGAAUGUUACAUUAUUAUUAGUAAUAAAUAAUAAAGGUCUCGUUUCUUUUUCGCUCUUU